CCUCUCCCACCCAAACCUCGAGAGGAAUUGAUGGUACAGAGUUUGUUUGAAAGUUGCAUAUUUAAGGCUACAACCAGUUGUGUUAUAGGGUUUGCUCUGGGUGGAGUGUUUGGUCUGUUUACAGCCAGUAUUGAUCCAGCCUCCACCAUCUCCCCAGAACCAUUAACACUGAAAGCUACAGCCAGAGAAAUGAAGGCCAGGUCGCUCUCCUAUGGUAAAAACUUUGCAAUAAUUGGAGCCAUGUUUGCUGGAACUGAAUGUUGUCUAGAAUCGCAUCGUGGUAAAUCUGAUUUAUUAAAUGGAACACUAUCAGGUGCAAUUGUAGGAGGAGUUCUUGGUGUUCGAGCUGGAGUUAAAGCAGGAUUAAUUAGUGCUGCUGGGUUCGCUGCAUUUUCAACUGUUAUAGACUACUAUCUG